CAGCAGCAGCCAGCAGCCAGGACUCAUCCACCGGUGUCAUGGCUUCCUAACAGUCGGGGGGACUGAAUGAGAGCGAAAACAAGCCCGCUUGUCUCCAAGGCCCGACGCGCUAUCACCCUUUUCCCAUCGAACCGAGAAGGGGGGGCUGGCCAGGCCUCGAUUUUUGCUCAGGAUAGACCUUUUCAAAUUAUUUCUGUUGCAUUUGAGCCUUCAAUUCCCCCCGACGUUUAAAGGCGAGCACCGCGCUGGUGGAAGAUGGCCGACCCGGCGGAGUGCACCAUCAAAGUGAUGUGCCGUUUUAGGCCUCUCAAUAGCUCCGAGGUUACUCGAGGAGACCGAUACAUUCCCAAGUUCCAAGGGGAAGACACCGUUAUUAUCUCGAGCAAACCGUACAUGUUCGACCGAGUCUUUCAGUCCAGCACGAGUCAAGAGCAAGUGUACAAUGCCUGCGCCCAAAAGAUUGUGAAAGAUGUUCUUGAGGGAUACAACGGAACGAUUUUUGCAUACGGCCAGACGUCCUCUGGGAAAACCCACACCAUGGAGGGGAAUCUCCACGACACAGACUCUAUGGGAAUCAUCCCCAGGAUAGUGCAAGACAUCUUCAACUACAUCUACUCCAUGGACGAGAACCUGGAGUUUCAUAUCAAAGUUUCCUAUUUUGAAAUUUACUUAGAUAAGAUCCGGGACCUGUUGGAUGUGUCAAAGACCAAUCUGUCAGUGCACGAAGACAAAAACAGAGUACCUUAUGUGAAGGGUUGCACCGAGCGCUUUGUAUGCAGUCCGGACGAGGUCAUGGACACCAUCGACGAAGGCAAAUCCAACAGACACGUAGCAGUCACAAACAUGAACGAGCACAGCUCCAGGAGUCACAGCAUCUUCCUGAUCAACGUCAAGCAGGAGAACACCCAAACGGAGCAGAAGCUUAGCGGGAAACUCUACCUGGUUGAUCUGGCCGGUAGCGAAAAGGUCAGCAAAACAGGAGCGGAGGGAGCUGUGCUGGACGAAGCCAAGAAUAUCAACAAGUCGCUGUCAUCCCUGGGGAACGUCAUCUCAGCUCUGGCUGAGGGAACGGCAUACAUCCCAUACCGAGACAGCAAGAUGACACGUAUCCUUCAGGAUUCACUGGGCGGCAAUUGUCGCACCACCAUCGUCAUCUGCUGCUCACCCUCUUCCUACAACGAGGCUGAAACCAAAUCAACCCUCAUGUUCGGACAAAGAGCAAAGACCAUCAAGAACACAGUGACUGUGAACGUUGAGCUGACAGCAGAACAAUGGAAGCAGAAAUACGAGCGUGAGAAGGAAAAGAACAAGACCCUGAGGAACACCGUCACUUGGCUGGAGAAUGAGCUCAAUCGCUGGAGAAAUGGCGAGAGCGUGCCGGUAGAGGAGCAGUUCGACAAGGAGAAGGCCAAUGCUGAGGUUUUGGCCCUUGACAACAUCCUCAACGACAAGUCGGCGUCCACGCCCAACGUGCCUGGCGUGCGCCUCACUGACGUGGAGAAGGACAAGUGCGAGGCGGAGCUGUCCAAGCUCUAUAAGCAACUGGACGACAAGGAUGAAGAGAUCAACCAGCAGAGCCAGCUGGCUGAGAAGCUGAAGCAGCAGAUGCUGGACCAGGAGGAGCUGCUGGUAUCCUCACGCCGCGAUCAUGAGAACCUCCAGGCUGAGCUCAACCGCCUGCAGGCUGAAAAUGAAGCCUCUAAGGAGGAGGUGAAGGAGGUGUUGCAGGCCCUGGAAGAACUGGCUGUCAACUACGACCAGAAGAGCCAGGAGGUGGAGGACAAGACCAAGGAGUUUGAAGUUAUCAGCGAGGAGCUCAGCCAGAAAUCGUCCAUCCUGUCAUCGUUGGACUCCGAGCUGCAGAAGCUGAAGGAGAUGUCCAACCACCAAAAGAAGAGGGUGACGGAGAUGAUGUCAUCACUUCUCAAAGACUUGGCUGAAAUCGGCAUCGCUGUGGGCAGCAAUGACAUCAAGCAUGAGAGCGGCAGCGGUCUGAUCGACGAGGAGUUCACUGUGGCCCGUCUUUACAUCAGCAAGAUGAAGUCGGAGGUGAAGAGCAUGGUGAAGCGCUGCAAGCAGCUGGAGGGCACCCAGUCGGAGAGCAACAAGAAGAUCGACGAGAACGAGAAAGAGCUGGCCGCCUGCCAGCUGCGAAUCUCGCAGCAUGAGGCAAAGAUCAAGUCCCUGACGGAGUACCUGCAGAAUGUGGAGCACAAGAAGAGGCAGCUGGAGGAGAAUGUAGACUCGCUCAACGAGGAGCUGGUCAAGAUCAGCGCUCAGGAGAAAGUCCAUGCCAUGGAAAAGGAGAAUGAGAUACAGACAGCGAAUGAAGUCAAGGUGUGUGACUCAGCUCUUGUCAAUCAUCUGCGAUCUCUCCAAUUACCCCCCUUGCCCCCCCCAAACGUAACAUUUGUUGUGUCACAGGAAGCCGUGGAGAAACAGAUCCACUCUCACCGCGAGGCUCACCAGAAACAGAUCAGCAGCCUGAGGGACGAGCUGGACAACAAGGAGAAGCUCAUUACAGAGCUGCAGGACCUGAACCAGAAGAUCAUGCUGGAACAGGAGAGGCUACGAGUGGAGCACGAGAAGCUCAAGUCCACCGACCAGGACAAGAGCCGCAAGCUGCACGAGCUCACGGUAAUGCAGGACAGGCGGGAGCAGGCCAGGCAGGACCUGAAGGGUCUGGAGGAGACAGUGGCAAAGGAGCUGCAGACUCUGCACAACCUGAGGAAGCUCUUUGUCCAGGACUUAGCCACACGUGUAAAAAAGAGUGCCGAGAUGGACUCAGACGACACUGGGGGCAGCGCGGCUCAGAAGCAAAAAAUAUCCUUUCUUGAGAACAAUCUUGAGCAGCUCACCAAGGUUCACAAACAGCUUGUGCGUGACAAUGCAGAUCUUCGAUGUGAGCUUCCGAAACUGGAGAAGCGCCUUCGUGCUACGGCUGAGCGGGUCAAAGCGCUGGAGUCUGCACUGAAGGAGGCAAAGGAAAACGCCGCCCGCGACCGCAAGCGCUACCAGCAGGAGGUGGACCGCAUCAAAGAGGCUGUCAGGGCCAAGAACAUGGCCAGGCGGGGACACUCCGCGCAGAUUGCUAAGCCCAUCCGACCUGGACAACAGCCGGUGGCGUCCCCCACCCACCCCAACAUCAAUCGCAGUGGGGGAGGUUUCUACCAGAACAGCCAGACAGUGUCCAUCAGGGGCGGCAGCUCCGCCUCUACCAAGACGGACAAGAACUGAAACAAGCAAGACGACGGACGACACCACAGAAGAAGCCAAUAUCAUCCGACUCCUGUCCCCUCCCUCUGCGCCCACUAGCGGCCCAUGUUGGCCCAUCAUUCCAUUACUGCUUCCCAGCCACCCAGGAGUGAGUGUGCGGAUUAUAAAUAUAUAUAAAUAUUCUCGGCUGUAUAGCUCUGACCCGCUUACAUCCCCGUCACCACAAAAACAAAAAGAUGACAGAUUGAGUUUACAACACAAGCUACUUAAAAAAAAAAAAAAAAAAAUUAUGAAUAACAUCGAUAUCCAAACAACCAGUCUUGAACAGCCGCAGCAGCCUUGGCCAGCAAAAACUGCACGCGACUUGAAUGUGUAGCUUUCCUUUUUUCCUUUUUUUCUAGUUUAAAUUUAUUUUAUUUUUAUUUUUUUGUGGCACACGUCUGUCAUCGUGGUCGUCGUGUGAGUAGUUGAGUUGUGCACUGCUGCCCCCCCAUGCCCCCAAGCUGAAUGUAACACUAAUGUAAGAAAUAAUAAAAGGUAAAAAAAAACAAAAAGGAGAGAUCCUAUGGCCAGCCAGACAUAGCUUUGUAGGCAAAAGUCAACGCUGUACAUUGUACAAUUACACAUUAGCCGCACACCCGUUUGUCAACGUAGAUUUUUUUUCAGGAUGACAUCAUCAAUAUAACAUAUAAAUAUAGAUACUGUAUAUACUUAUCCAAGGUGGGCGGAAUGGAUGGUAGACACUUCAAAAGGGUUUCAUCUUUUUACAUUUACAGCUUUUCCAUCCUGACCUCCUUUCCUUCCCCUGCUGAACAUACUUUUCUGCCUUUCAUCCUUGCUUCCUUUUAGUCUUCCUUUUCUAGCAUCCAUCCAUCCUUCCUUACAUCCAUGUUUCCCUCGUUUUAUCAUCUUGCCUUCAUCCCAUCCAUUCCUCCCUGCCUGCCUUCAUACCUACCUCCCUCCCUACCUACCUACCUAACUCACUACCUCCUUCCCACCCUCCUUACCUACAUUUCCACCUUCCUCUUUUUCAUACUAUCCAUCCUCCCUCUCUUCCUUCCCGAUCCCUUCUUUCCUAUAUCCAUCACCUCACUGCCAUCCUUUGUCCAUUUCUUAUUUUCUUCCUCCCUUCCUCCGCCUCAUCCUUUCUCCUGCCUCACCUGGCUCCUUUGAUAAAUUGUUUUCUUUCUUUGCGAAAGCCUCCUCCCUCCAAUAAGGGAGUUGAAAGUGAGAGUGUCUGCCUCCUGUUGUUCCCGUCACAUAUCUCAAAUUCAAAUCAAAAGUUGUCAGCUCGCAGCUUGACAUCCUCCUCACUCUUGUCGUGCAUCUUUUACCUUGUACAGAAAUUGUCCAAAUUUGUCAGCACGCCGCUCACUUCCUGCUCACGUGACCGUAGAGGAGGGGGGAAAUAAACAAACAAAAAAA